AUGGUUUCUGCCCUAAUCAAGACUAUAUCAUCCUACAUUGAAAAGAUUUGCAAAGGAAUGUUUACAAAGAAAUUGGCAAACCCAAUAAAGAAGAAAGAGAGAAGCGAAAAUAAAGAGCCUAAAUUGACCACUGAUUUGCAAGCACACAAUCUAACUCUCUCUACUACACUGAAGACUACAGUGAAAAAGAUUUCCAAAUGCUCUUCGGCACGUAACAUAUCGCUUGAAGAAGACGACGGAAAGAACGACUGCUCAUCUCUUUCACCCACUUUCAGUUAUCGUGUAGCUAUAGCAAAUGGACUCCCAAAAAACUCUCUUUUUUUGAAUAAUAAUGAAACCAUCUUUCCUGAGGUUCUUUCGAUUGAUAGUAGUUAUUCUGACUCCUUAAGUGAGACAAAACCUGUCCGGAGACUGGAUGAGCAUAAAUCACACACUAUGCCAGUAAGACGGAACAGGAAGAGCCUCAUCAGUUUGGCUCCUUCUGAUGGCAGUUCUGAGGGUGAGCGAGUGGAACGCUCCAGUCUACAUACACUUAGACUGGGUGCUCUACGCAAAUUAAGAAAAUGGAAAAAGAGUCAGGAGUGUGUCUCCUCAGACUCUGAGGUGAGCAACUGGAGGAAAACCCUGGGCAUCCGAAGCAAGUCCUUGGAUCGUGCUGGACGGCAGCAAAAGAGUUCAACCCUGGAGCCUGGCUCCUCCUCCACAGGUUGCAUCAGUCAGACCCAGGAUGUCAUGGAGAUGAUCUUUAAGGAGCUUCAAGGGAUCAGCCAGAUAGAGACCGAACUGUCUGAGCUACGCGGCCAUGUAAAUGCCCUAAAAAGCUCCAUUGAUGAGAUCUCCAGUAGUGUGGAAGUCGUUCAGAGUGAGAUUGAGCAGCUUCGCUCAGGAUUUGUCCAGUCUAGAAGGGAAACACGUGAUAUCCAUGACUACAUAAAACAAAUUAGCCAACAGGCCAAUAAUUCAACCUUGCGGUUCCUUAAUGUACCUGAAGAAAGGUCAGAGAAAACAGAGGGUCUAAUAUAUAAAAUACUAAAAGACAAAAUGGGUUUCCUUGAUGCCCAUAAAACAAUAAAAAUUGAGCUUGCUCAUAGGUUAGGUCAACAAAGAGAAUGUUCUAAUGCAAAACCCCGCCCUAUUAUUGUCAUUUUUGCAACAACCCAAGAUCGGGAUUUAGUUCUGAAAAAAUGCUAUAAACUUAAAGGAACUGGAAUUACAGUCUCUACUGACAGCUUAACUCAUGAUGGAAAGGAGAGAAAAGACAAAACAAUGUCUUCCUCACAAACCUAUGAAAGCAUGGAUCUAAAGGUCUCAGGAAAAGAUAAAGUAGUGGAGAGUGAUGACUGGGACUCAAUGGACAGUGAUAAAGAAUUAGAUGAAUUAAGCAGAAAUAAAUAUGCAAUGGUGAUCUCAAAGCCUGUUCACAAGAGUAAAUCAGAGAAGAGGCGAUCCCAUGAUCAUAGCCGGUCAGGAGAAGAAGCAAGCUACUCAGGUGCAGUUCACUAUGCUGAUGACUCCUACUAUGACCCAGACAAGCAUGCCAAGGCUUACUACUCUGAUUUGACCCCUGGUUGGUUGUCCCAGAGUGACUAUUCCACCCCUAAACUCAGCCGCUCUGAGUCUGACUGCUCAAAGCUUUGCCAGUCAUACUCAGAAGACUUUUCAGAGAGCCAGUACUUUACACGGGCUAAUGGCUGCUCCCUGUUGUCCUCCUCAGAUCAGGAACUGUGGCAGAGAAAACAAGAAGACAUGGCCUCCUCCUGGUAUGCUAGCCCUAGUCACCCACUCAGCCAUGAAAAUCAAACCUAUGAACACAACGAGGUUGAGACAACAGAAACUAUUGACAGUGGGGUCAGCAAUGGACUUGUCUGCAUGUCUGGGGACAGAAGCCACUACAGUGGCUCCCAGCUCUCUCUGCAAGGUGAUCUAUCACCCUGGAAAGACUGGCAUCAUUUGGAGCAGGGUGCUGACUCUGGCUUGGAUGCCUCCAUAGAGGUCAGCAGUCCAUUUGACCCAUCGACCAUUCCUGGUUUUCCAGAGAACAUCACUAAAUGUCAGGAGGUUGAUUUACAAUUUGAAGGAGAUGAAGAAUUCAUGAUGCUUGACAGAGAAUCUUCUCUACCACCUAUAACCACCCACAUCAUUCCUCUAAUCACAGAGCGGGAGUCUGGUAUUAAGACAUCUGCUCGGCAGUCUAAAGAGGGAUGUAAAGUGAUCACAAAAGAAAGCACAAAAGUAUCAUCUAAAGAUGCCCCUAAAAUUCCUGCUAAAGUGACACAUAAACAAACUAAAUUGGCUCCUAAAGAAGAAACCACCAAAAUACUGCCAAAAGAAAGUCCCAAGUUAACUGCUAAGGUUUCACCUAAAGUGACCUCUAAAGCAGCUCCUAAAGAGUCAUCUAAAGAGAUUCAGAAAUCAGCAGCUAAAGAAUCUUCUCAAGCCCUCCCUAAAGACAGUCCUAAACUAACACCUAAAGAUGUCACAAAGCCCACCGUUAAAGAGGUAUCUAAAGUGACAUCUAAGGUAACUUCUAGUGAGGCUGCCAAAGUCACUCCUAAAGUGGCCCCAAAAGAUAGCCCGAUAACGACUCCUAAGGAAAGUCCCAAAGAGUCCCCUAAAGACGCUGCAAAACUACCCCCAAAAGAAGCCCCAAAAGAGAUGACAAAAGUUGCAUCUAAGGACACUGGUAAAAUACCCACUAAAGAGGUAUCUAACAUUCCACCUAAAGAAGCCCCGAAGGUAGCUCCUAAAGAGAGUCCUAAGGUGCCCCCAAAAGACACCCCUAAAGCAACCCCAACAGAAGCUGCUAAAGUAGCACCAAAAGUAGCCUCUAAAGAUGCUCCUAAGGAAACCCCCAAAGCAGUUCCUAAAGACAAAUUCCCUGAACUGGAUGUCAAUCAUAGUUUUCACCAGACCCAGAAUAAGUCUACAUCUAUGUACCGCAGUCAAAGUGAGAUUCGAACGGAAAAGGUUGAGGAGGUUCCCAAGUCUUGGAGUAGUAGGCUCAGCAUAGAUCUCAGUGAGAAGUCCUUUGGUUUUGGCUUUGGCUCUACACUGCAGAGGGCUAAGUCAGCUCUGGAGGUUGUUUGGAAGUCUGGCUCUCAGACUACCCCUGCUCCUCCUGAGGAGCCAACCAACUCCUCUUCAUCAUUUAUGGGACGAUUCCGCACCCUGUCCACCUCCACCGCAAAUAACUCUAGUACUACAAUAGACUCAGAUGUCUACACAGAGCCUGUCUUCUACAAGUCGGAGGAAGAGAAAACAGGUGCAGAAGCAGAAGCUGGUGAACAACCAGUUGACAAUGAGACCCACUAUGUUGAAGUGAUGGAGCAGGUACUAGCUACCUUGGAGAACAGAACUAAUGCUAAUGAUACAGAGGAGACAAAUGAGCCUGCACAUGAGUGUGAGACUUCUCAGGGCUAUGAUGUGUCUGAUGACAUUGAGGCAUCUCAAGAUAAUGUCUCUCAAGAUUUUGAGGCUUCAAAAGAUUUUGAAGCUAAAGAAGACUAUGAGGCAGGUAAAGAGGCACGUGUUCUGGAGUAUGAUUGCAGUUUGGAUGAGCAGUAUGAUGAAGAGUACAGUGAGGAAUAUGAAACCCAGCUCACUGAGGACACUGCUGAAUAUGAAGCAAUGGUGGAGUAUGUAGAUGUAGAAGAACCAGAUGAGACUGAGGACAAUGAUGUGACAGAGGAGAUGGAAGAGGGUGAUGAGGAAUUAGAGGAGGUAGAUGAGAUAAUAGAGGAGGCCAAUGAGGUGUCUGAAAAAGUGGAACGUCAGCAGGAGGAUGAAAACAAAAAUGUUCCAGAGGAGAAGCCCACAGAGGCCCCACCGAAGAAGCGUGUUCGACCCACAUUCAAGGAAGCAGCACUCAGGGCCUAUAGGAAACAGAUGGCUGAACUGGAGCAGCAGAUCCUGGCAGGGGGUAUGACUCUGCACUCCUUUUUCAUGCUGGUUGGUCUGGGUGGGAGCUGUGAAGGGAGUCUCAGCAGUACUGCCACUCCUGCCAGGCCUGUCUUCAACUGGCUACAGCAGCGUCUGUAUUCAGAUGCUAAUUCACACUCCCAAGGGCAUUCUGUGGAGGCUCUCGAGCACGGACAUACCCCUGAAAUCUCUCUGCGUCCAACGGAGUCACUGGGCCGAAACAGGCUAGCUUGCCGCAGGCAGGUGGUUUGCUUCUGCCAACGAAGGGGAACAGACCGUCCGGUAGCUAAAAGAGACACCAAUGCUUUGGAUACUCAGCCUUGCAGUGUUUUGGAUCCUAAAGUGCUCGGCUUGCAGUCUGGAGGGGCUGGCAGUAUUCUUUAUGGUAUUGACAGCAUGCCAGAUUUACGCCGCAAGAGGACAGUGCCUCUUGUCCGAGACCUGGCUUUGACCCUCACUGCUCGAAAGGCAGGCAUCUCGUUCGCUCUGGUGAACCGGUCCACCCUGAAUAAUGAGGACCUGAAACUACAUGUCUUCAAGAAGACUCUCCAGGCUUUGAUCUACCCGAUUUCAUCCACAACACCCCAUAACUUCGAGGUGUGGACAGCGACUGCACCCACCUACUGCCAUGAGUGUGAGGGGCUGCUGUGGGGUAUUGCCCGUCAGGGCAUGCGCUGCUCAGAGUGUGGCGUUAAAUGCCAUGAGAAGUGCCAGGACCUGCUCAAUGCAGAUUGUUUACAAAGGGCUGUGGAGAAGAGCUCCAAGCACGGGGCGGAGGACAAGACCCAGAAUAUCAUCAUGGCUAUGAAGGAGCGCAUGAAGAUAAGGGAAAAGAACUGUCCUGAAGUGUUCGAAGUGAUCCAGGAGAUGUUCCACAUCUCCAAAGAGGACUUCACCAGCCACCUGAAGACAGCCAAGCAGGCUGUGCUCGAUGGGACCUCCAAGUGGUCUGCCAAAAUCAGCAUCACAGUCAUGAGCGCACAGGGCUUACAGGCCAAGGAUAAAACUGGUUCCAGCGACCCUUACGUCACUGUCCAGGUGGGCAAGACCAAACGAAGGACGAAGACCAUCUUUGGCAACCUCAAUCCAGUCUGGGAUGAGAAGUUCUACUUUGAAUGUCACAACGCCACUGACCGCAUCAAGGUGCGUGUGUGGGACGAAGACGAUGACAUCAAAUCACGGGUGAAGCAGCACUUCAAGCGCGAGUCAGAUGAUUUCCUAGGCCAGACCAUCAUCGAGGUUCGCACUCUCAGUGGAGAGAUGGAUGUUUGGUACAAUCUAGAUAAGAGGACAGACAAAUCUGCUGUAUCUGGUGCCAUUAGACUCAAGAUCAGCGUGGAGAUGAAAGGGGAGGAGAACGUGGUUCCUCCUCACGGCCAGUACACCUGUUUACAUGAGAACCUGUUCCACUGCCUGACUGAGGUGAAGAACAGCGGGGUAGUGAAGAUCCCGCAGGUGAAAGGGGACGAGGCGUGGAAGGUCUACUUUGACGACGUUUCGCAGGAGAUAGUGGAUGAGUUCGCCAUGAGAUAUGGAGUGGAGUCCAUCUAUCAGGCUAUGACGCAUUUCUCCUGUCUGUCCGCCAAAUACAUGUGUCCUGGUGUACCAGCAGUGAUGAGCAACCUGCUCGCUAAUAUCAAUGCCUACUUCGCCCACACCACCACCACCACCACAACCACUGCCUCCGCUUCUGACCGAUUUGCUGCCUCUAACUUUGGAAGGGAGAAAUUUGUCAAAUUACUGGAUCAGCUGCAUAACUCACUGAGGAUUGAUCUCUCUAAAUAUCGGGAUAAUUUUCCUGCAGGAAACCCAGAGCGACUCCAAGAUCUGAAGUCAACUGUUGAUCUGCUGACCAGCAUCACCUUCUUCAGGAUGAAGGUACAAGAGCUCCAGAGUCCACCAAGAGCCAGUAUGGUGGUGAAGGACUGCGUGAAAGCUUGCCUGGACUCCACGUACAAAUACAUUUUUGAUAACUGUCACGAACUAUACAAUCAACUCCUCGACCAGAGCCGGAAGCAGGACAUUCCCCGUGAGGAGCAGGGUCCAUCGAUAAAGAACCUGGACUUCUGGCCAAAACUCAUCACUCUCAUGGUGUCUGUAAUCGAUGAGGACCGGACGGCUUACACUCCAGUCAUCAACCAGUUUCCACAGGAGCUGAAUGUGGGCAAGAUCAGCGCUGAGAUCACGUGGAACCUCUUUGCCCAGGAUAUGAAGUAUGCAAUGGAAGAGCACGACAAGCACCGCCUAUGCAAAAGUACCGAAUACAUGAAUCUUCACUUCAAAGUCAAAUGGUUCCAUAAUGAGUACGUCCGUGACCUGCCAGCCUUCAAGGAUGUUCCUCCUGAGUAUUCUCUGUGGUUCGAACCAUUUGUCAUUCAGUGGCUUGAUGAGAACGAGGACGUUGCCAUGGAUUUCCUGAAUGGUGCACUGGAAAGGGACAAGAAAGAUGGAUUUCAGCAAACCUCGGAGCACGCCCUCUUUUCUUGUUCGGUGGUGGAUGUGUUUACUCAACUAAACCAGAGUUUUGAGAUUAUCAAGAAGUUGGAGUGUCCGAACCCACAGGCUCUGGCUCACUUCAUGUGCCGCUUUGCAAAGACUAUCAACAAAGUUCUUCUGCAAUAUGCUGCAAUCAUAUCCAAGGACUUUUCCUUGUAUUUGAAUAAGGAGAACGUGCCCUGCAUCCUCCUCAACAAUAUUCAGCAGCUCCGUGUCCAAUUGGAGAAGAUGUUUGAGUCCAUGGGAGGCAAACAGCUGGAUGCAGAGGCCAGUGAUCUGCUAAAGGAGCUGCAGAAUAAACUCAACACGGUGCUGGAUGAGCUCAGCGGAGUGUUCGGCUCCAGUUUCAAACCUGUCAUCGAGGACUGUGUGAAGCAGAUGAACCAGGAGCUGGUCCAGAUGAAAGGUUUGGCCAAAGGCAGCAACGCUGCAAUGGAUGCAGAGACUGUCCUCCGGCCUCUUAUGGACCUUCUGGAUAAAAAUUUGAUGUUAUUUGCCAAGAUUUGUGAGAAGACAGUGCUGAAACGAGUCCUCAAAGAGCUAUGGAAAAUUGUGCUGAACACCAUCGAAAGAACAAUUGUUCUGCCUCCGCUGAGUGACCAGAGUGGAGCUCAGAUGAUCUUCAGUGCUGCCAAGGACUUGGGACAGCUGUCCAAACUGAAGGAGCAUGUAAUUCGAGAGGAAGCCAGAAGUCUGACUCCACGCCAGUGUGCAGCCAUGGACCUUGUGCUUCCCACCAUCAAGCAAUACUUCCAUGCUGGAGGAAACGGGUUGAAGAAAACCUUCCUCGAAAAGAGCCCUGACAUGAAGUCCCUCAAAUAUGCUCUCAGCCUUUACACUCAACCUACAGAUGCCUUGAUCAAGAAAUAUAUAUGCACCCAAACCUCUCAAGGUCAGUCAUCCAACGGAUCGGUGGGGGAGGUGUCGAUGCAAGUGAAUCUCAUCUCUCACCCUGGCACUGGAGAGCACAAAGUCAGCGUGAAGGUGCUCGGAGUGAACAACCUCAUCUGGCAGACCAACGCCAUGUUCCGUCCAUUUGUAGAGGUCAACGCCGUGGGACCACACCUGGCUGACAAGAAGCGAAAAUUCAGCACCAAGACCAAGAAUAAUAAUUGGUCACCAAAGUACAAUGAAACAUUCCAGUAUGUUCUGAGUAACGAACAUGGACCAGAGGUCUACGAGCUGCAUGUUUCAGUGAAGGACUACUGCUUUGCCCGCGAGGACCGCAUCGUUGGCAUGACAGUCAUCCAGCUCCGAGAGCUGGCGGACAAGGGCAGCUGCUCCGCCUGCUACCCCCUGGUGAAAAGCAUCUCCAUGGACGAAACGGGCCUCACCAUCAUGAGGAUACUCUCUCAAAGGACCAACGACGAUGUGGCCAAAGAGUUUGUGCGUCUCAAGACAGACACACGCUCGGCGGAGGAAGUGUCAUAAUGUGCAGCAAAAAUGCAGUAUUUAAAAAGUUGUGUUGUCUUAAGUGAGCGAUUAAAGAGAAAAAGAAGGAACAGGAGAAAGAGCAGUAGCAACAGUUGUUCUUUCAGGGAUAGAGGCUGGAAACAGCAGAAGAAUGAGAUUGUCCAAAGAGAAGGGGGGGAGGCCCAAAUGUGGCGAGGCAGCGAGAGAGAGAGAGAGAAAGAAAGAAAGAGAGAGAGAGUUGUGUUUGUUCGUUUGUUUUUGUGCAUGUGCGUAAAACAUCUGUUGGAAUGUUCAUUUUAAAACUACAGUAUGUACAAGUGUUUACUUACCGUAUGCUUACUAUUAAGUACUAUAUUCUACGAGUUAUGUUAACGAGACAUGAAAUACCUUUUGUACAACAUUUAGUCUUUUUGAACAGAGAUUUGUUCCAAUAAAGUGCCAAACCAGUAAAGAAAAAAAUAACAAAACCAACGUAUAUGAAUUAUGGUGAACUUAGUAUGUUUGAAAUUUGCUCGAUUAAUUUGUCCGGUGUAAGUCAUUUUCUGACCGUGUGGCGUUUUGAUUGUUGCAAAGUCUUUCGUUUUGCACCCUCGUUUUUUGGCUUCACGUUCUUCCACACAGCACUUUUGUGCAUGUCCUCUUCUCGGUCAUGUCUUUCCCAUGAAUCCACAGUGACCACCGAGCAGGGUCCUGUCCCCUUGCCUUCAAACUCUUUGUAUUUUAAGUCGACCUGAAAAUAGACCAUGUUUUUUUAAAUGGCGAUGACUGCUAUGUAAACCUUCAUAGGUGUUUGUAAUUUUAUAACCAUGACAACAAUGACGACGGCCUCCAGUGCUAACAGUCUUAGCAGAAAGGAUGGAACAGUUUUCUUUUACUUUGGCUUUUUGUUCUUUGUUUUCAGCCAUCGGCUUCCAGCCUUUCUGAAUGACCACUGUGAACAUGAGCUUUGGAAGGCAAGCUUACAUGACAUUGCUGACAGUUUGAUAUUAUUGUUUCAUAUUUUUCCGAUAACUUUGUUCCUGAUAAACUGCCAAAGUUAUAUAAAAUAUUUGUACAAAAGCAAUCCAUUACAUGUAUGAAGAUAUAUAUGUACAUGUGAUCUAUUACUUUUUCAAUGCUUACUAUUUGAUUGUUGAUAGGGUGGUACUAAGAUUUUAUUUUUUUUAUUUCCUGUGAAGCUGUUAACCAAUAUGAAAGUUGCACGUUACUUUACACAUUAGUUAUAUCAGCUUCUGUCAUUGGAAUUAUUUUUCUUCAUAAAGGAAAGAGUCUAACAUUUGGUAAAUAUGCAACAUUCCUAUGUAUUGCACUGAUGGCGAAUUGUAUGUCAUGUAAAUAUAUUUAGUGAGAUAUUGUACAAAAGUCUACUUUUCUUCAAUGUGCAUAAAGUAUGUGCAAAUGUG